UUUCCAGCAAUAUUAUUUCGGCUUAGAUUUUUAUCACUCGCACAAGUCCUUUGGAUUCUAAUUUUAAGAGAAGAGGUUUGGAAAAUGAGUUCUCAUUUAUCUGGUGGGCGUCUUAAUGUCGCUGCUUUGCACGAUUACGCACGGAAAGAGCUGAUUGAUAUGUUUGAUGGUGGUGCCAAGACCAUCGUGUGGGACGAAGGAUUGAUUGGUCCCGUUAGCCUCAUCGCUCCGUACAAUUUGCUGAAAGAACAUGAAGUCAACCAAAUGUUUUCUCUCAGCGAAGGCUCCAUCAGUUCCGCCGCAAGCCGGAAAAUAAUUUUUCUCACCAGAGCUUUGCCCAAGAUGAUGGACAGCAUUGCAGAACACGUUCAUAGUGAAGAGCAAAAAAAUCACCGCAGAGAGUAUCAAAUAAUUUUCGUUCCAAGAAAAACUACUCUUUGUGAGACAAGAUUGAAAAAUCGAGGCGUCUACGGGAACGUGAAAGGAGCUAUCCAUGAAUGGGCCUGUGACUUCUUCCCUUUAGAAAACGACGUCAUUUCUAUGGAACAGCCACUUGCUUUCAAGGAGUUGCUCAUUGACGAGGACCCCACCUGCAUUUACAGUGCUGCCCAGGGUCUCUCCACCUUGCAAGAUGUAUUUGGCCCUAUUGGAAAGGUUUCCUGCCAAGGCAAAGCGGCCAAGCAUGUCUUUGACCUGCUGAAACGCAUCAAGCUGGAGAAGGGAGCUCCAGAGAAAAUGACAGGAAUCGACCAUUUAGUUAUUCUCGACAGAAGUAUUGACCUUCUGAGUCCAGUUGCCACUCAGCUCACCUAUGAAGGACUCAUUGACGAGCUAAUUGGAAUCAAUCACACCAAGAUCACUCUGCCCUCUGAAAAGUUUAACAAUGGAGAAGACCCAGGGAAGAAAACCAUAAUUUUAAAUUCCUCAGAAGAUCUUUUCUCUGACAUUAGGGAUAAAAAUUUCUCUGCUGUUGGAGACGCACUUCGAAAGAGAGCCAAGACUAUAGCAGCUGAGUAUGAAGCUCGUCAUGGACAAACAAUGCAGCAAAUGAGGCAGUUUGUGGCACGGCUGCCUCAGAUGAACCUCAUCAAGCAAUCUUUAGCAGUCCACACGACUAUAGCAGAGAUGAUUAAGGAAAUAACUGACUCCUUUCCUUUCAUGGACUCGCUUUUGGUCGAACAGGAGUUUAUGAAUGGAAUUGACACAGACAAAAUACACCCAUUCAUUGAGGAUCAGAUCGGACAGCAAGUGGACAUUAUAAAGGUUCUGCGCCUUAUUUGCAUUCAAAGUAUCACAAACAGUGGACUGAAGCAGAAGGUGCUGGAUUACUACAAAAAAGAAAUCAUCCAUGUGUAUGGGUUUGAACACAUCCUUUCCUUGACACAUCUGGAAAAAGCAGGCCUCAUUAGAGUGCAGCAAAGUGCGAGGCCCUUUACUGUUCUGCGCAAAACCUUGAGACUAGUCGUGCAGGACGGAAGCGAGUCGAAUCCCACAGAUAUGAGCUAUGUCCACUCUGUUUACGCGCCGCUGACCACUCGUCUGGUGCAGCAUCUCAUCUACAAGCCAGGUGGUUGGAGGGCCAUUCAAGACGUGCUCAACUCUUUGCCUGGACCAACUGUCAUGGAAGAACCGUUCUGCGAUAUCCAGACCCUGGACAGCUCUAAAGUAGUCGUCGUCUUCUUUGUCGGAGGCUGCACUAUGGCCGAAAUUUCCGCUUUGCGGUUUCUAGUACAGCAGGAAGAAGCUCCUGUCGAAUUGGUGGUUGCAACCACAGCAAUUAUCAACGGAAACAACUUUACGAGAAAUCUCAUGGAAGUUCUUAAUCAAAAGUGAAUCUAGUGCAACAUUCCAGUAAAUUAAUGCAAACUAAAUGCAGUUGUAUAAUUUAAGUACAAUUUUGUUAAUCAUAUUAAUUUGUAUAAAAAUAAAGACUAUUAAGUCGCAUUCUUUGCUAAAGAA